UAUAUAUACACCCACCUUCCACUUCUAGCUCCCGGACUCAUUCAUUAAACGUACGCUAAAUAUAAUUCUUCCUAACCUAAGCUAACUCUCUCUGAAUAUAACAAGCUAAUUAAGGCUAGUUACAGGAAUGUCUAAUCUGAAUGGAAGCGGCGGUAAUAAUGUUUCAAGCAGGAACAGAUCUCCUUCGACCAAGGGCAAGGCCACCAUUCUCGCAUUAGGCAAAGCCUUCCCCAGCCAACUUGUUCCCCAAGACCGCUUAGUCGAAGGCUACAUUCGCGACACAAAGUGCCAUGACCUUGCCAUCAAGGAGAAGCUCGAGAGACUUUGCAAAACAACAACAGUGAAGACAAGAUACACAGUGAUGUGCAAAGAUGUGUUGGAGAAAUACCCAGAGCUAGUGAGAGAAGGGUGUCCCACCAUCGCGCAGCGGCUGGAAAUAGCGAACCCUGCAGUAGUUGAGAUGGCGAAGGAGGCUAGCAUCGCCUGCAUCAAGGAUUGGGGCCGUCCAGCAGAGGAGAUCACCCACAUCGUUUAUGUCUCGUCCAGCGAAAUCCGGCUGCCCGGAGGGGAUCUCUACUUGGCCACCCAGCUGGGCUUGAGGAGCGACGUCAACCGCGUCAUGCUCUACUUCCUUGGCUGCUACGGCGGGGUCACCGCCCUCCGGGUCGCCAAGGACAUAGCCGAGAACAACCCGGGCAGCCGGGUCCUCGUCACCACGUCCGAGACCACAAUUCUGGGCUUCCGCCCCCCCAAUCGGGCCCGCCCUUAUGACCUCGUUGGCGCUGCCCUGUUUGGUGAUGGAGCCGCAGCCGUCAUCGUCGGCGCCGAGCCCAGGGAGUGCGUGGAGAACCCGUUCAUGGAACUCUCCUUUGCAGCUCAGCAGUUCCUGCCCGGAACUCAUAGCGUCAUCGACGGUCGGAUUUCAGAGGAGGGGAUCAACUUCAAGCUAGGGCGGGACUUGCCGGAGAAGAUCCAGGACAACAUCGAGGACUUCUGCAAGAAGCUCAUGGCCAAGGUCCCAACUGCAACAGCAAGCAGCAUGAAGUACAAUGACUUUUUCUGGGCAGUGCAUCCAGGAGGGCCCGCGAUACUGAACAGAUUGGAAGAAACUCUUGGACUGACGAGGGAGAAGCUGGAGUGCAGCCGGAAGGCGUUAAUGGAGUUUGGAAAUGUGAGCAGCAACACCAUCUUCUAUGUGCUGGAGCACAUGAGAGAUGAGUUGAGGAGGAGGAGGAAGACAACCGAAGAAGAAGAAGAAUGGGGACUCGCUUUGGCAUUUGGACCUGGAAUCACUUUUGAAGGGAUUCUUCUCAGGAGUCUACUGUGAUCCGCCCGGCCUUUAUUUGGUUCGAAUCAUCAUCAAUUCAAUUCAAUUCAAUAAUGUAGCUAAAAUAAAAUUCUCCCAGGUGGGUUAUUGAAGAUAAUUAAGGGCCGCUGUAAUUCAGCUAUAUUUAAUUUGUAGGCAGAGCCAGCAAUUGUGCUGCUGUUGUUUUUCAAGUUUUUGUUUAACUAAAAAUUGUCCAUGUUCAUGUCAUUACAAUUGUGUUCCAUAUCUCUUAAAAAACCCAAUGCUGACUACAACUUUUCUCCUGCAAGCACAAGGGUUAACCUUACGAUUAUACACUUUUUUUUACCAAC